AUAUAUAAGGUUGUAAUGACUUUUGGCAAGUGAAGAAUGAAUAGAAUUGAAUAUUUUAGUUGUCUUCUCUUUGAUCUUUAAAGGGCUUUGACUUGCAAAAAUCUUUAUAUCCUUCGCCUUCAUUGCAUCAGGUUCAUGAGCCCGAUUGUGUGAGUGUUAAUGGACUUGCCAUAUAUUCGCCUCUUUUGUUGAUUUCAUUUGAAACCGCUGCUGAGAGCAGAUCAGAUGCGCAUGUCGACCAACUACAUUACAUCAGCAGACGUUACAGAGACUGAAUUACCCCAUUGAUCUGUUAAGAAUUUAGCAUGAAUGUGAUAGAUAGUUACAAGCCUGUGAUGGCUAUGAUGGGAGUACAGGUUCUUGAAGCAGGAGUAGCUAUUUUUUCUGAAGCAGCAAUUUCACGAGGAUUAAGUCCUGAAAUCCUGUCAGUCUACAGGCAGGUCAUUGCAGCGUUGGUCAUAGCACCAAUGGCUUAUUUCUCGAGAAGGAGAGCGUCCAGUACAAUUUCUCUGGGACUAAAGGAAUUUGUAUUGUUAUAUAUAGCUGCUUUGCUUGGCCCAACAAUCAACUCAAUUGCCUUCUUUGAAGGCAUCUCCUUAUCUUCUUCAACAAUGUCAAGCACAAUGUCUAAUAUAGUUCCUGGACUCACUUUUGUAUUUACAGCAGCUAUAGGAAUGGAGAAAGUUAAUAUCCGCAGCUUGAGAAGCAACGCAAAGAUAAUAGGGACAGUUAUCAGUGUUAGUGGAGCCAUGUCCAUGGCAUUGCUCAAAGGGCCAAAACUACUUAACGCAGGAAUCGUAGCAACAAAAUCUUCCAGUGGCUCUAGUGGUGAGACUUGGUUGCUGGGUUCACUAAUCCUUUUUGGAAACAGUUGUUGCUGGGCAAUUUGGACCAUCAUGCAGGUCCCAAUAUCAGCAAGAUGUCCUGAUCCUUUACUCUCUACUGCUUGGAUGUGUUUCUUUGGAUCCAUACAAACAACAGCAGUUACCAUCUUCUUAAAGACAGAUCCACAAGCAUGGAAACCACAUUCAAAUCUUGAGUAUGCUUGUUUACUCUACGUAGGGAUUGCUUCUGCAAGCAUCAUUAUUCUUCAAGCCUGGUGCAUUGCACGAAGGGGUCCGCUCUUCUCAGCAAUGUUCAGCCCCCUAUCUACUGUUAUUGUUACCACCUUAGCUGCUAUAUUUCAACAUGAAAUGGUUUACACGGCAAGCUUGUUAGGCGCUAUUGCUGUGAUUGCUGGUUUGUACAUGGUGCUGUGGGGUAAAGCUGAAGACCAGAGGGAGAUCAGACAAGUGACAAAUUUUAUGCCACAAGUUGACCAGAGAAGUAUUCAGCAAGGUUCUAUAGAUGAAUCUUCAGGAAAGAACGUCUGCAAAAUAAAUUUGGAAAAGCCACUUCUACCUGACAAAUUCUCUAGUGUCGACAAAGUUGAUGAACCUGAAUGACCAAAAAAUUCAUUUUUUUUUCUGUCCGA